AAGAGUUGUUUGUUCAAACGCGCUAAUCUUUGGAAACUUAAGGUUAAUAUUAGAAGUAGGUUUUAAAUUGUGAAGUAAUUGGUUAGGUUAAUUGGUAUACCUGGAGAUAUAGCUUGAGCUUCGUGUGACAAGUGACUACCGGUGAUUUUUACAGGUGACGAGCUUUACGGUUAAUGAGAAAAAUAUGGUGAUCAACGUAUAUAAGUACGUGAAAGAAAAUUGGCCAUCGAAUGAAUAUCCCUACAAAACCGAAAUAAAUAAAAAAACAGCAUCGAUUUUGGGAAUUGGCAUAGCAUCUGUGUAUAAUAUAUUAAAAGAAUAUAAAUCAGAAGAGGGAAUAAAAUCACCUAUCAAGUCUAAAGACAGGCCUAAAUUUUAUCAGAAAGUAGACGAUUUUGAUAAAUCCGUAAUUAGGAAAAAAAUUCACAGUUUCUUUUUAAAUGGCCAAUUACCAACAAUUCCCAAGAUUCUUCAGGCAGUCAAUGACGAUGAAGAUAUGCCAAAUUUUAGCGAAACAACUCUCAGGCGGCUAAUAAAGCAUUUAAACUUUAAAUAUAUAAAACGACAGCGAAAUAACGCACUUAUUGAUAGAGAUGACAUAACAAUAUGGCGGCGAAAAUAUUUGAAAUCUAUUAAAGACUAUAGACAACAAAAUCGCCAGAUAUUUUACAUGGAUGAGACAUGGGUGAAUGCAGGACAUACCGUAAAUAAAACUUGGGUAGACAAACAAGUUAAAAGUAAGAAGCAGGCUUUCCUAGAAGGACUUAGCAUUGGUGCACGUAACCCAACGUCAAAAGGUAAACGAUUAAUAAUUACCCAUAUCGGCAAUGAGAACGGUUUUGUAGAGGGCGGUGAAAAUAUAUUUGAAUGCAAGAAGACGGGAGAUUACCAUGAAUCAAUGGAUGCAACACAUUUUGAACAAUGGUUCGAAAACGUUCUCCCAAAACUUGGAGAAAAUGCAGUAGUGGUAAUGGACAAUGCACCAUACCACUCAAGGCGUCUUGAAAGAAUUCCUACUACUGCCUGGAAAAAAAAUGAUAUACAAAAUUGGCUUGUAAGUAAGAAUAUUUCUUACGACGACAAUGAAAUUAAGACUGAAUGGUCCUGCCGUCACCAUCGUGGAUGCGUCUGA